ACGCUCUGCUCCGCCCAGCACCAUCGUCCCACUUUGUCACUUGGAGCUUGUCGGUGGGACUGCGGCGAUGGCGACUUGAAGUAGGAGAACCCGCGGGGUUAUCAGCCGCGGACCAAUCAACGGAGAGAGUUCGGUUGAAGGGGCGGACCCAAGCGACAACCCCCCCCUCCGCUGUCUCUGCAAGGGGAGCUGAGCCCGGCGCUUAGAGGAAGCUGCUGGACUUGGUGGUGCAGAGAUCUGAAGUACCACAAAGCAGCUUCUUCGUGGUUUGGCAAAGUGUCCCCAGUGCUGGGCCUCCCCUCUGAGCAGCCAUGAUCCAUAGCCUCUUCCUGAUUAACUCGUCCGGGGACAUCUUCCUUGAGAAGCACUGGAAAAGUGUGGUCAGCCGCUCAGUGUGUGACUACUUCUUUGAGGCGCAGGAGCGAGCUUCGGAGGCAGAAAAUGUGCCCCCUGUGAUCCCCACCCCUCACCACUAUCUCUUAAGCGUCUAUCGGCACAAGAUCUUCUUUGUGGCAGUGAUCCAGACAGAGGUGCCCCCGCUUUUUGUCAUUGAAUUUCUUCAUCGGGUCGUGGAUACUUUUCAGGAUUAUUUUGGAGUCUGCUCUGAGGUUGUCAUCAAGGACAAUGUUGUGGUGGUCUACGAGGUGCUGGAGGAAAUGCUGGACAAUGGGUUCCCGUUGGCUACUGAGUCCAACAUUCUGAAAGAGCUGAUCAAGCCCCCCACCAUCCUGCGGACAGUUGUCAACACCAUUACAGGAAGCACCAAUGUGGGUGAACAGCUCCCCACGGGACAGCUGUCUGUGGUUCCCUGGCGCCGAACUGGUGUGAAGUACACCAACAACGAAGCCUAUUUUGACGUGAUUGAGGAGAUAGAUGCCAUCAUCGACAAAUCAGGUUCCACAAUUACGGCUGAAAUCCAAGGGGUGAUUGAUGCCUCUGUGAAAUUGACUGGGAUGCCAGACCUUACCCUCUCCUUCAUGAACCCCCGGUUGCUGGACGAUGUCAGCUUCCACCCCUGUGUGCGUUUCAAGCGCUGGGAAUCGGAAAGGAUCCUCUCCUUCAUCCCUCCAGAUGGGAACUUCCGCCUGCUCUCCUAUCACGUCAGCGCCCAGAACUUGGUGGCCAUCCCUGUCUACGUGAAGCACAACAUCAGUUUCCGGGACAGCAGUUCAUUGGGCCGCUUUGAGAUCACGGUGGGGCCCAAGCAGACGAUGGGAAAGACCGUUGAGGGGGUGAUGGUUACCAGCCAGAUGCCGAAAGGCGUCCUGAACAUGACCCUCACGCCUUCGCAGGGGACGCACACGUUUGAUCCUGUCACAAAGCUGCUGUCAUGGGAUGUGGGAAAGAUCAACCCCCAAAAGCUGCCAAGUCUGAAGGGUACCGUGAGCCUCCAGACGGGAGCCUCCAAGCCUGACGAGAACCCCACUAUUAACUUGCAGUUCAAAAUCCAGCAGCUGGCCAUUUCUGGUUUGAAAGUGAAUCGCCUGGACAUGUACGGAGAGAAAUACAAGCCGUUCAAGGGGAUCAAGUACAUGACCAAAGCUGGGAAGUUCCAAGUCCGGACCUAAAGGGGGGGCCUCUGCCCACAAGAGGGCUGGAGUGUGCUCUGGCUCCUGACUGCGCCUCUGUUUCUGUCUUCCCAGGGCUGCUCCUUGCUCUGACCCACCUGGAUCUGGUCGGGGCAGGUAUCUUCUUCCCCCUGUGGCCUCCUCCCAUCCCAAGCUGGGCAAAACUGGCAUCUCUGCCUCAAGCUUAAAUUUUGAAGUUCUCGGGUGAGAUUGUAGAGCAAACCGGGGGAAACCGUGACGUCCCUCCAGGCUUGCCGGCUAAUGUUUUGGCUCAUGCAGACGCUGCACCCAUCUCCCUCUCCCUUUUUUUUUGGCUGGCAUUUGCUUGUUUCUUUGCUGGCUGGUGUUCCCAUAGCCUUGGAAAACAGGAGGAGAUGUCAGGGGAGGCCGAGGGAUUUAAUCCUGAAUGUUCUUCAUCUUUGGCACCUGGGACUCUCCUUCCUUGUUCCAAAGACUGCCUAGAGAAGGACUCCCUGGCCCUGCAAAUCCUUUGCUUAAGAGCCAGAUGAACAGGACUGAAGUGGAGGGGGGGGGCAUUAUCCUCGUUUGCUCCUGCCCCAUUUUAAAGGCCCUGGUUGGGUACAAGGCUGAAAAGACGAUGCUUCUCGGAGAGGUGAGCUGAUUGGCACUUUAGCUCCUUGUGGCUAAGCCAAGGCCAACGCUCGUCUCUCCCAAAUGGGUUUUGUGCAUUUCUUGGCCGCGCUUGGACAACCACAAAGCCUGUUAGAUCAGAAAUACCGCUGGGACAAAAUAUUGUGCCACCUUCACCGGAAAAAAAACACUCUAGUCUGUCCUGUCCUGGUUUUCUUUGCUGAAUGGUUGUGGCAGGAGGGGAGGGUGUGGACAAUGCGUAUUUAAUGUUUGUGAGAAGUGAUGUCUGGCUAAAGCAGCCUUUGUGAAGCGGGUGCCCUUCAUUCGUUUUUUGGACUACAACUCCCAUCAGCCCCAGCCAUGCUGGCUGGGGCUGAUGGGAGCUGUAGUCCAAAACUCUGGAGGGCACCAGCUUGGCCAAGGCUGGGCUAAGGUGGCAAGAGUGUGGGGCUUUUAGAAGUGGGGUGCUUUGCUCCUGUGCUGAAGCUCCUCUUUCUGUAUGUCCUGGUGUGCUGCACUCCUGGCGGUCUUCUCUUACAUGAACCGCUUCUAUAUAAGUAGACUUUAGCUGUGUGUGUGUGUACAUACUGAUCAGAGCUUGCUCCAGUUUGCACGUUCUUCAUUUUUCUUUUCUUUUAAGCCAUGGCAAAGCCCAGUUGACUACUUUUAGCACAGUGGCCUAUCUUCUGAACGUUCCCAUGAUGUUGUUGAAAAUGCAGCGUGGAGCUGGGACCCUCUGAGCCAAGUUGGAGGAAUCCACCAGACCCAUUAGUUACUGUGCCAAAACGAUCCGUGCGACUGCCACUCAACUGUCCAAUUAAAAAAAAUGGCAGUGUACAUUGGAUUGUUUUUUCAGGACUGUGGUGGCAGGUCAGCAGCUGCCGGCCUGGCACACCUGUUCCGAGGACUCUGCUUCCCGCUCGGAUCUCCACUGCUGGCUAAGCAAAAGGAAAAGAACCCAGUAAGGUGCAUCUGCUUGUUAGAAGUGGAGGAUUUUUUUUAGGAGCCACCCUCAGGCCAAUGAUCAUUUUCUAGCAGUAAGGCAAGAGACUGAAGCUGCAGUCUUAUGCAUGCUUUAUGUGUACUAGGAAAGUAUUUACAGUCAAUUCAUAGAAAAUAUCAGGGGUGAUGUAAGAUAAAAUAAUUAAGCCCAAUGAAGAGGAAUCGUAUCCUAAACUAACAGACAAAAAAACACCUGCAAACAAAUUGGGAUCUGAACAUUAAAAUUCCACAAAAUAGAAUAGUAUGAACUAGUUAUUUAAAGCAACUUUACUUCAUAAAUAAUGAACAAAUUAAAUAGACAUAACUAACGUUCAUUUAUUAAUGUUCCCCUCUAUUCAGCAUUGGUUAGGCCUCAACUUGAAUAGUGCGUCCAGUUCUGGACAUUGCACUGUAAGAAGGACGCAGACAAACUGGAACAGGUUCAGAAGAGGCAGCAAGGAUGAUCAGGGGACUGGAAACAAAGCCCUAUAGGAGAGACUGAAAGAACUGGGCAUGUUUAGCCUGGAGAAGAUUGAGGGGAGAUAUGAUAGCACUCUUCAAGUACAUGAAAGGUCGACACACAGAGGAGGGCCGGGAUCUCUUCUCGAUUGUCCCAGAGUGCAGGACAUGGAAUAAUGGGCUCAAGUUGCAGGAAGCCCAAAUUCAACUGGACAUCAGGAAAAACUUCCUAACUGUUAGAGCCAUACGACAAUGGAACCAAUUACUUAGAGAGGUAGUGGGCUCUCCAACACUGGAGGCCUUCAAGAGGCAGCUUGCUUUGAUUUGGAUUCCUGCAUUGAGCAGGGGAUUGGACUUGAUGGCCUUAUAGGCCAACUCUACUAUUCUAUGAUUGUAUGAUUCUAUGAUUUGAAAAAAUCAAAUCAUUCUAAAUAUAACUAAACCAAACGUGUUUCAGCUGUUGCAUUUUUAUGUUCAGUUCCCAAUUUGUUUGCAGUCUUUUCAAUACAAUAAUUAAAAGUAUAAAAUGCAGAAGAAAUGACCAACACUGAACAAAAUUAAUUCUCUAAAAGCACUUGGGGGAAACGAACAUUUUCAACAGAUGACAGAAUAUAAAAAUUGUAGGUGCCUGUCUGAUUUCAGUAGGAACGGUGUUCCAAAACCGUGGUGCCCCUCCCUAGAAACUGUAGUUUACAUAGAAAUUUAGGCCCCAUCUGCCCUAUAUAUUUAAAGCAUAUUAUACCACUUUGAACAGUCCUGGCUUUCCUGGGAGCUGUAGUUUGUAGUUUCUAUGUGCGUAUAUCUUACAAGUCGAAACACUGGAUCAGCUUGCUGUUUGCAACCUAUCUAAUGUUAGUCAUACUCGACAUAGAUCAAUUGAAAUCAAUGGACUUUAGUAACUUAAGUCUAUUAUUUCAGUGGGUCUCCUCUGAGUGUGUCUUAGUUGGACGUUACCAAUUUAUAUGGGUGUCCAUGUAAUUACAAAACAAAAGUCUCACACAUUUUCAAAACUGCUGUGUGGGGGGCAGGAUGGUGGUGACUUCAUGGAUGCUGGGCAAAAGGCACCUACCCCAUCUGGCUUUCUGAGAAACCUUAUCUCAGAGCUUUUCUCCAUGAGGGGUAAGUGUGUAUAUGUUUUUCAGGGCAGCAAAGGUGCAUUCCGAUCUCCAUCAAGCCUAAAAUGUUAUACCUGUCUCCUCUGUAAUGGACCUGAAAACCUGCUGGAUGCUGUUUAAUCUUACUGUGCUGUGUUAGAGAGUCCCUUGAGUUGCAAUAGUGAAACUUUACCUUUGGAACAACCUGCCUGUUGUGGCUCUAGGGUGGCGCCUCACUUAACAGAACAGCAUCCCCACCCCAUGCAAUGGAUGAAAAUAUGUUGGCAUGGUCUGAAUGGUGUGCAUAUGUGCAGUGUGAUGAAAGUGUGUCUCCCAGGAGAUCAAUAAAAAUCACAUUUAUCA